AUGUUCGAAGACUAUAGUAGACACCAUCCAGAAGCUAGCCAGAGUCUUGGGCUCCCGUGGGAAACGGUGACGCAGGAAUCUGGGAACGACACCUUCACAUUAGCCCCUCUUUUCCUUUUCAUUCUCCUUGCUUCUUUUCUUCUAUCUCCCAAGGGGUACCUGUUAAGGUACCUGCAGCAACGUGAGCGACCACAGUACAAUAUCAAGUACCGGCAAUGUGUCGACUGCUUCCUAGGCAGGUGCCUCCUAAGGCCGUUCGAUUACGCCCAGUACGUCAGUGGUUGGUUGUUUAGCGCCUUGAUUAGCGCCCCUUUCAUCCCUCUCAUUCAGCGUCUCCCCUUGGUCUCCCUUCUUUAUCAGGGCCUCACUAACAAUCCCCUUGUGAAUGAUUGCCGGUGUUUGCGACAAAGCGAGCUCAAGCCUGUUCACCAUCCUGCUCCCCCUCUUCUGCUUUCCCUUUGUCCUCCCAUUCACCUCCCCCUCGUGUUUGCCAUGUGGGAUGUGGCAUGGACGGAUCCAAAUCGAGAGCUAGUUGGUCAGCACCGUGCAAAAAGAGACCAUGAUAAAGAUGAAGGCGGCCAGGACAGAACUCUUGCCCGGAACUCAAUAUCAACGGCUAGUUCCAAAGGUUCCGCAAGAUCUGCCUUUUCGCGGUUUCGACCAAAACCCUCGAGACAAUCGCCUUCCUCAAUAGGCUCUCUUGAAAGAGAUGGCCCAGCACCAGCAGAGCUUUCCACAUCUCAUAAGAUCAAGACUGUGCCCGCCCUGUCUCAUCUCGAAAUGGACAUAGGCGGGACUGAAGUUUUGAAUGAGAGAAGAAUGAGCCGCUCGAACCCAGACAUUUCUAGGGCUUCCUUGGAGACGGCUGCCAACGAGGUUGCAUCAUCCGGCUCCAUUACGAAACGUACUUCUAUCCUAAAGAACAAAGUUCUCUGCGAUCAGGCAAGACCUGCUGCUGCUGCUUCUUCUGCACCAAUAAUCGCUCAUGACACUGUUUCAAAUAACCACGGUAGUCACCAAGAACAAGCAGCAGAUACCGAGCAGGAUUGCCUCUACUCUAUACCACAGUCCGCAGUAGAAAAUGUCAAUAACACUCCUGAGCGGCCUCUCAACCAGCAAGCCCCCAUAACACAAUCGUUUGCUUCUGAGAAUAGUCAACAGGCCCAGUCACCAUCUAGAUUGAAACCGAGACUUUCACCUCUGAAAAGCAGCAAUGACUUGGGCGUGUUGGUUCCGCCAGCGAGGUCGCCUUUGCGACCUUCACCGUACUCGAGUGUCAGACCGAUUCCGAUGAACGACGUAUCCUCCUGGCGUAAGCCGACAGACUGGAAACAAAACAAGGCGGCUCUGGGGACCGUUCAAAAGCCAGAAUCAGUUUCUCGUCUAGAUGUCAACAACAGUACCAUCAUGCCAUGCUCGCGGAUUGUACCAUCGUUCCCAACUCUUGAGGUGGAAGCAAGAAAUAUGGCAAGGGCCGGGCCUCUUCUGGCUUUGUCAGAACUCCAAAAAUGUCAAAAGUGCGCCGUGGGCCUCGAUAUUCAAGACGAACUUGAGGAAAAGAAGAAGUGGUGGAUGCUCUCCGUGCUGCAUCAUUUGGAUCAAAAGGCGCCCUUCAACUUGUGCGGGCGCCAGACAGAAGGACAGGAUUCCGGACAUUUGCAACAGCCACGAGAGAAAGUCAUGGCAGUGUUUCAACCAAAAUUUUCAGCGGAUUACCUGGCCGCCUUAUGGCCAGAGAAGGCCGUUUACCAUCUCCCGAAUGGCCCACUGUCCUUUCCAACGGAAUUAAGUGCGACUGAAAGGCAUAACCCUACCAUAGCUUCGCAGCUUAACGAGUCUACAAGUCUCUUUGAUGCCGCGUAUUCCAUGUCUCUACCCUCUCUCUGCGACGUGGGUCAAAUUGAGGCGGUUGUUUCCAAAAUCAGCAGAAGCCUAAAAGCAAGAGGCGUGCUCAAUCUGAUACUGAUUGACCCAACACCCAAUGUCGGAGCUCUGGGUGAGAGGUUGAGGACAUGGCUGUUGGAGAACCUUCUCCUCAAUCUGGAACGGAACUCGCGCUGCCUCUACCCGAGCAUUCUACUUCCUCAUCUUCUCGGAGCGGCUUCUUUAAGGGGGCCGGGAAGCACCUUGGUCAAAGCCAGAUUCUAUGCAAAUCCUCAAAACAUUGGCCGGCACGGAGAAAAAGAGACGUCUGCGGAUAAGGAGGUUAGGAGAGAUGAAGAGAUUCGAGCAGAGCUGAGAAGCACUGUCGGGUGCAUGCUCUGGAGGGAGGUUUGGGGUGGAUUUGUCACGUCUGACACUUGGUGGUGGGACGACGCAGCCUGCAUGCAGGAGUGCCUCGAGCGGGGAACGUUUUGGGAAUAUUAUUUCAUACGAGCCAUAAAGCCGGAUUGA